AUGGAGAGAGCUGCAUUCUCAACAUGGUUAUCAAUCGAGUUUGCCAGAUCGUUGGAGUAUUUUGUCACGUUGGUAGGAACCCAAGCCAGCUAUAUAGUUGAAGCCAUCUAUAUCAGCAUUCUAGCUGAAGAAGAAGUUAUCAUCACUCGUCAUGGCUCUUUAACUUCAGUGCUGACCAGCAUACAGCCACAGCUGUCUUCUCCUUUAGUUAUAUAUAAUUUGGUCAAGUUAAGACGAUUGAGCAAGCAAUCGCGAGUUGGUGAGCUUCAUAAAAACUUCGAUGACGAAAAGACAGAUUCUGCCGCCGUUUCCCGCCCUCGGAGCGGAAUAAAUAAGAACCUAGAUCUAGAUAAGAUAAGGUUUUUUGCUAUCUUAAGCUUUUCGAGCCGCGUCGACGUUGAUAGCAGCCUGGCCCAGGGGGACAGAGAAGAAGAUCAAGAAGGGCAGGGUGAAGAGAAGGGUGAAGAAAACGGCCGAAGCGUCUUCAGCAGACUGUGGUUUAUAAAUCCAGGCACGGAAAUGACAAGUGUUAACUCCGAGCAGGCUAACCACCUGGAUUCACAGUCGAUCUUCUUGCCUUAA